CGAAAAUAUUUAACUGAGGGGAGAGUUUUCCUCGAAAUUCUGUUUGUCUUUAACUAGCUCCCUGUUUUAAAUUAUCUCCUGCUUUUCUGUCUCCGCUUGCAAACAAAAUUCUUACCUUUGAUUGCGUGGUUCCUAGACGAAACUAGUUGAGGGGCACGUGAUUGGAUUUAUGCUGGGCGUGAAAUGAAAGUGGAUUGUUGGGUUUAUAUUUCGAGAUAUCAUAUAUGAUAAAGAUGAGGUUUAUUUUUUCAACAAACCGAUGUAAAAAAUUCCUUUUGUAAUGUACGCACUAUUUGUGGGGUUAACGUGUAUCCAAAAUGUUUCAAAGGGUAAUUUUAGUACAGUGCGUGUUCAUUCUAUUUCCUCUUCGGUGUUUUUGUUCGAAGCAUUUUUUCCAAAGUCCCAUUCUGUUGUAAGGAAAGUGUCUGUGUCUUUACUUGAAAAUGGUCCAAAAAAUCGUCGGCCGUUUAAUUCUGAUGAUGAUCUCUCAUACCAGUGGAGAGGAUACUACUGUGUAACCAUAGUACCUCUCAUGAAUAAAGGGGGGUAAAUUUAAAGAAGCUGUGGUAUUGCGUCGGUAGGGGGUAUCAUAAGAUAGUUUGGUUUUAUCAAGUGAGAUGAUAAUGCAGUUCUAAAGAGUUUCUACUAAAGCUGGGUGACGUCUCAAGCGUUAGUCUUAAGAGUUAAUGUUACCUCUCAGUUGAGCAAAGUAUAACAGAGUAUAGUUUUUCUGUCGAAACGUGUUUCUGAUGUUGAGUUAAGUAUAUUAUUUUAAGUAUUGACGAUUACACGCAAAUUUUUACGGUCCCUGGGAGACAUUCUUCUCGAUCCUAUAAAUCCUAUGAAGGAAAAAGGAACUGUGGAGGGCAAAAUAUCGUACUGACGUAUACCUCAGCUUUAUGCGUAUUCUGUCGCAUUUAUUUGAUGAACGAUUUUUAAAAGGUUAUCCGGUGUUUAACUUUAAUCCCUCCAGGACAUAUAUUUUUAGUUGGAUGUUAAAUGGUUUUCACUGCUUUUCUCAUGCUCAAAGCAAGUCGGUCUUUAAAGCAUUAAUUUAGACCUCAAGCGCACAAGGUCGAAAAUAGUUUUAGCUUUGUAUAGGCGCCCUUUCGAAAGUUAAGCGGAGCAAGUCUCACGUGGGCUACAAAGCUGGGUAGGUACUUUCACAUUGUCGUACAUUUCUUUGUGAGAUUGAUCUCCUGGAGAAAGGAAUCGUGCUGACAGUAUUGUAACAAUCUUACGAAGAGCGUGGCCGGGUCCAAAGUUUCUUUGGCACGUGAAAGAAGCGAGUUCAGUAAAUUGUGCAUUUGUAAAAGACAGCAGGGUAUUCCCUUUUUUGAAAACAGCAUAGACAUAAAACAUGAUGACAUAGCAUGUUGCUUGAUAUUUCAGUGAUAUCUUAAUGCCCUCAAGGUUUCUUUUGCCAUCCCGAUUGAAGCGCACUUUGCGCUUGACUGAUCUGCUUGUAAGUUAUCAUCAAAGCGUAUAGUUAGCCAAUCUUACACUUUUAGAAGAACUAACUUUUUAUCGUCAUGAUUCCUUUCAGAUUCAUUGUUACAAAAAAGGGAACAUAAACAAGUCCACCUGCUCCGCUAACAACGUACCCUGAGGUGAGUGCUAUAUUUGGUAAUUUUCAUUUCUAUUCUUUGUGGUAAAUAGGUCAGAUAUAUUUAAGCAAAUUUACUAGUCUUUGUCGAUAUUUGGAGUUACGAAUGAGGUCUCCCACGUGCCCUGUCGAUUGCUUUCCAUAUACCUUUCCGCCAACAGAAAAGCAUGUUGAGGGUGGAUUUUUGUCAAAGCGACCAUGUCUUAAAUUCUUUCCUCAUGAGAUGGAGCCUCAAACGGGAGGCCUUUUUGGGUAAACGUUGGCGAAUGAACCUUGUUUGGUUACUGGAAUUUAAAACAUGAUUGUCAUAUCCAAGACAUUGUGCGAAAAGAUUACAGCUAAUUAUGAAUCGUUUUGUUAUGAUAAUUUGUCAAAACUCAAAAAUUUUUAACUUUGUCGUCCUUUUAUUUAAGACAGUGGGUCGGUGCGUGAGUGAAAUGUCAGGCUCUAAGUUGUUUUUAAGCAGAUGGCACAGUGAAAUACCAAAGUUCGUGUCAUUUGAAAUCAUUUGGCAUUGAAAUCCGUACGAGAAACAUUGAAUUAGGUGAACGCAUGCACUUCACGAUUGAAAUAGUUUGUCUUAAGGUGUUUGUGUUAAGUGGACCAGUCUACUGUAAAUAUGGCUGUUAUUUUUAGGCCAUGUGUAGUUUUAUUUAUCUUUAUAUAUUUUUUUUCAAACUUUGUGUGCAAAAAUAUUAACUCAGUUAUAACGAUGUGCCUUUCGUCAUGCAUUUUUUGGCAGGGCAGAUCUUAGCCAGGAGGAUAAAGAUCAAUGGAUCUGUUCCUGACUUUCCUGCUUUUUGCAGUACUAGGUACAACGUAUGUGUGCAGUAUAUACGCUGAACUGAUCAAAGAAGAAAACGGAAAACCCGCCGAGUGGUCCGACCUGACCAUUACAGAAACCCAAGUGGAAAAUGAUGUAGGGACUCUAUUUCUUAACAUAGAAGAAGAAAGCAAUUCGUUAGAAGAAUUUGCUGAAAAAGUCCUUUCGGCCUUCACACCAACCAGAAAGACUUCCGGGCAUGGCCUCUCCAUAAAACAAGUGCAUUCCAGCCAAGGUAGACGGAGAAGACAAAUCUUUGGAGAGGACAAUCGAGUUAAUAUGCGAACUUCUCUCGAAGCUCAGAUGUAUCCGUUCUCCACUGCAGUGAUGCUUUCUUCCGGUUGCACUGGCACGCUCAUCGGGCCUGAGCACGUGCUGACAGCCGCUCACUGUGUACACGACGGCAAAAGACACUUAAAAAUUGCCAAACGACUAAAAGUUGGUGAGUGAUUAGACUUAUUCCUUCCUUAAGAAUUGUGCAACAUCUCUGGUACGAAAUUUAUUUGAUCUUUAUUUACAAGGUCUCAUGUCACAGCCGGGCUCACUAUGCAGUAUAAUUCACUGAUGUUAAAAAAUCAAUUUAGGUUACACCGGGUCGACUUUGCUAGAAUAUUCAAAAUUAUAAAAUCCAUGUUAUCAAUUUGACAUGGUUGAGAUUUUGUUAGCGUAUUGUCAAUCUACAGUCUCUGUCUAUUUUAACGUGUCUUCUAUUCCUCCCACUUCUUUACCAAUUUUUGCUCUGUUAUAUUAAUUUGUGAGGUUGUCACAUGACUUCAGGAGGGCUAUUAACUUCUCAAGGACAAAACUGAAAUCUUGAAUUAAAGCGAUACGACAAAAUUGAAAAGCAUCCUUCUUAAUGGUUUGUCAGACGAGUAUGGCUCCAGCAAACAAAGACCCCACUUGACGACGUUUGUUUUGAUUCGUCGUGAAUAACGCCGGACAGUAACACCAAAAUUAAUAUGAGAUUAUUGAAAUUAGUACCCUGUUAUAUUGGCAAGUGAGGCGUGCUGUGGGGGCGUGGAGCUUGACUAAGACCAUUGCGGAAAGUGGAAUGAACGUCAUCUACUUAGAAUCUUUUUCAUAAGCAUUAUUCAAACUAAAUGUCUGGGAGAAUUAUAUACAGUUAUGUUCUUGAUUAGCUUGUUUGUUUUGUUCCUUUGAUGCGUUUGCUCGUUAUUAAGUGUCUCUACGGUAAUCGAUGAAACCCUCAAAGUUUUGAAGCAUUCCAACAAUGUAGUAUUUUCGUGACAUUCAAUAGUGCGUGAAAUAAAGCUACCCUCAGGUGCAGAUGUACCAUACCUUAAACGAAGCUCUGUAACAAGAUGCUAAAGACAAUUAAGAUUCACCUUCGAUCAACAAAAGGCCUGUUUAGAAAUUAUCAACUCAGAAGACAAUAGAUAUCGUUUUAGGACAACUUUAUUGGAUAAACGGAACUUUUUAAUGAUCCUGAUAGUGAUGAGUGCAAGUGACUUUUUUCCUUGAUGCUAUGUAUGUCUGAGAAUGUUAACAAACAGACCGACUCCAUUCGCGCAAAACUAUUUGUUUGAAUACCUACGUGUUAUUCUCAUUUAUGUCAUUUUCUUCACACUUACAUUUCUGUACCUAUCUAUAUUGCGCCUAUGCUAAUCUGUACCACAUUUGUAAUUGAGGAAAGAAAGUCAUCGAAACGUCAUGUUACGCUUUCUUUGCGAAUUUGCCUUUGGAGAGAAUGUUGGUCUAAUUCAGCUAAACACUGGACGGUCUCAAUUUGACGCCAAAUGUCUUCUCAAAGAUUGUUUGGAAAUUGUUUAGAGUGAUGAGAUACCUUUCAACGGCAAGAUGUUGAUUUAAGCAAAUUGGACAAAUGUAAACGGUUCCAGAAAUUUGAGAUCAUACGCCUGAAAAAAUUCUAGGAAAUCAAGAGGAAGAGCGGAAUAAAAUCUUGCAUUUGCUAUGUGCCCAAACCCGGUCAUUCAUUACAAACUUUCUUUUUCUUUGAGUUCCUGUUUUCGAGAAGUUCGUCUGAAGCGUCUCGAACCACAUUGGCCGUUUUUAUGCUAGAGAGGUUAAAGUUGUCUAAGACGUUAAAGUCGUCUCUUAGACAACUUUAACGUCUCUAGCAUAAAAACGGCCAUUGACUGUCUUUAGAGCCAUUAAGUGCACUUUGUUUUUGCCACCCAUACGUAUUCUUUGAGAGCUUAUUUUCGACAAACCGAACAAGUGUACUUGAGGUACUCAUCUGAAUUAUUCAUAACUUUCUAUCAUUCAGAUAUCAGUAAUGUUUUCGUAACGUUCUUAAUUAAGGUCAUCGAUUCUUUUUUUUUUUUGUAUGCUAAUACAACUUUAUUUCCAGGUUUGCUCCAGCGAUCAGGAAAGUUCCACUGGAUCCAAGUGAAGAGAAAGUUUAUACCUAAAAAGUGGAAGAAACAGACCCAAACAAAAGAGAGGCUGAGAUACGAUUUUGCAGUUUUAAAACUGAAGCGCAAGCACUCAAGAAAACACAUGUCCGUGCAGAUAAGCAGUCUUCUUCCCGGUUCGAAAAUUCAAUUCUCUGGUUUUCACGGUGACAAAUGGUACAAUUCAUUGUGGUACACAUAUUGCUCUGUAUACAGAAAAGCGAACGACAUGAUUCUCAACUUUUGCGAUGGGGUUAGAGGUGUCUCCGGCUCUGGAGUUUACGUAAACUCCCCUAGUCGCCAUGAGAGUGCGGUAGUUGGAGUGGUUUCGGCAAUAGUUCGCGGAAAAGUCAAAGGCAAAGAGUUCAAAUUUAAUGUUAUUAAUUCCUUUACCGGCACUAAGGUACGGCAGAUCUCAAAGUGGGUCCGGCGUUAGAAAGAAUAGAAAACAGUCCACAGAAGCAAUGGAAUCGAACAUUCUUUUUUAAAUCGAAACGGGAAGCGACAGUUUGUUUCAGUAGUUUCGGAACAUUGGUUACAACACAAAGUUUACCACAAAGACACAUUACUAGCAACUCAUGAACAACUGUUUUCUCCAUGAUAGGUAAACAAUGUCACACGAAUUUCCCAAGACGACGAGCACUUACCUUGAUCAAGAAUAGAAUGCAUUGAAACUCAUUCGUUUCACAACUUUUCAUAUCCGAGCGAAGAAGGCUACAUGAACGCUAGGUACAUUUGUUAUCAGUUACAAUUGGAAAAAAAGUUUCCGUGACCUUUACAUCUUUAGAGUUGCGCUUUAGUGAAUUACGUUCUAUUUAGGUUUGUAUAAAGGUUGAUGUGGAUUAAAUGAAUAUUAUUGUAGCUUUAAGUUUUCCCGUGACACUCACAUGUUGCGCUGGAACAUCACAUAUACAAUCCGCAGUAACUGUUUUUACUUCACAGCACUUUGAUUAAUUAAAUAAAAGACGCUUUCAGCCUAUAUAUUUGCUUAUUUCGCUUUCUAGAACUUGUUUUCAAUUAUGAUCAGUUAAAAUGCUACUUGUCAAUUUAUCAUGCUAUGAAACAGGCAUUAUAUGUCAACUGGUAAUCCUUAAUAAGGGAAAGGUAAUAAAUGCAACAGAAAAUAUAUUGGUACUACCAUGAUCUUUACAUUCCUUAAACCUUAGUGUCACUUAAAAGAGGGCGAGAACGAGAUGCAUUAUAUUUCACCAAACUAAACACAGAUGGUUUUUGUAGUCAAAAUCACCGUUGUCCUAAAGUGAUUUAUAACUAUAUCAUUGAUUUAUACAGAUUUUUCUAGGUGAAAUUUAAUUCCCUAGGUGUGUCCACAGCGUAACGCGUAGCAAUGUUUAAUUAAAUGUUCAUGCACAGUCUGCAACAACAUUUGAUGCCUC